AUGUUAAACUGGCUACCGUGGGCAUUGAUGAUGCAUCGACCAGGAUACACAGCCAGUGAUAGGAGAAUGAUAAAAGAGGGCUGCGAGGAUGACAAAGACGAUAAAAACCUUCCCGUGGAAUCCAUCGUAUCGAAAAUAGUGCCGCCGGUACCACCAAAACUGAUCAUUGUUGACGAAGUGGAGCAGCCUGCUGAGGAGCGACGUCACCUUUGGCGGAAGGGUUCUCGUUUACUUCCAGAACGUUCCAUCGUUCCUAUCAAUGAGGUGACCCAGGAACAAGUUGCCCAACUGCUUGUACUUAAUGAAAUACACGAACAUUUGUCUGCAAUUGCUUCUGAAAUUCGUGAGAAAGAAAGAAACAAAGACGUCGAAGACGACUGGAAGUUUGCAGCAAUGGUGGUUGAUCGACUAUGCCUUUAUGUUUUCUCUUUUUUCAUUUUGCUUUCAACAUGCGCCUUGUUCUCAUCCGUUCCAAACAUUGAAAUUUUUUGA